GGAGCUGGACCCCGCCCCGUUCUGUUGUGCUGCUUCGCUGCUCCGCUGUGCGCGCGAGGGACGUCGGGGGCGGUGCCGCAGUUAGUUGCCCCUGGUAACGGGGGUGCAGGAGGAGGAGGAGGGACUCUGCGGGAGGAUGGGCUUACUCUCAAUUCUGCGUAAAUUGAAAAGUGCACCAGACCAGGAGGUGAGACUCCUUCUCCUGGGCUUGGACAAUGCAGGCAAGACGACCCUUCUGAAGCAGCUUGCGUCUGAAGACAUCAGCCACAUCACACCGACACAGGGUUUUAACAUCAAAAGUGUGCAGUCACAAGGUUUUAAACUGAACGUAUGGGACAUUGGCGGGCAGAGGAAAAUCAGACCAUACUGGAGGAAUUAUUUUGAAAACACCGAUAUUCUUAUAUAUGUCAUUGACAGCGCAGACAGAAAAAGAUUUGAAGAGACGGGCCAGGAACUAGCUGAAUUACUGGAGGAAGAAAAGCUAAAUUGUGUUCCAGUGCUCAUCUUUGCUAAUAAGCAGGAUUUGCUCACAGCGGCCCCUGCCUCUGAAAUUGCAGAAGGACUGAACCUGCACACCAUCCGAGACCGAGUCUGGCAGAUCCAGUCUUGCUCAGCUCUCACAGGAGAGGGCGUUCAGACGCAAACCAGAUGACACCUGGAGCAGCCCCCCAGGACUGCUUCGCCACUCCGAAGCCCCCAGCGUGCUCCACGCACCUCACCCAACACCUGGUGGACCUGCCAGGGAAGCAACACGGUGCCCUGAGAAUCGGACAGUGCUGGGCUAGGCUGCUGCAGGGCAUUAACAGCAUCUAGAAAAGCGGUAUCUUCCCUCGUUGCCAGAUGGCAUGUGUCUGCAGUGGCAUGACCAGUCAGCUUUUCUUGGAACUCAGAGUGUUGGGGUACGAGCCUGCCGUUUGAUUCUCAACCAUUGUCCUGCCGCCUCUUUCCGCUUCCUUUCUAAUACUCUCUUUCCCUCUCUCCGAAGAUAUUUGACAUUGAUUUGUCUUACCGCUCUGCCUGACUGCUUUUAUUUCAAGAAAAAUAGUCACGUUCUAGAUUUAUCUCACUUGUUCCAUCUGUGUGCUGCUUGGUUUUUCUCUUUUUGUUACACAAACAAUCAGGGCCUAUUUCCGUGCUUGGCCUUUAGAUCUGAGAGCAGACCGUCAGCAUGAGACAAGCACCCCUCCUCGACAGUCCUCAGUACCUGCAUCCCCGACGUUCUCUGUGCAGGCGUGUGUGGUGGGGGCUCUGACACCCCCCAGGGUGGAUGCUUGAGCUCUGUGGGCCUCUCUGUGAGGUUCAGGUUCAGGUUCAGGGAGGGGGCAGGUGUUAUUCAUUCCUUCCUUCCUUUCUCCCUUCCUUCCUAAACUCUGGUUAUAAAAGUAAUAUAUUUUCCUUGUUAAUCAUAUAAAAGUAUAUAAAAUUCAAAACUAUAAAGUUUGUUCUUCUCCCCCUGAUCCCACUUGACAAAGGAACUAAGUAUCAUUAGUAGUUUCAUUCUUCUUAAGUCUCCUCUAUAAAAUUAUAAUCUAUGAUUAUAGAUCUAUUAGGUUUCAAAUUAAUUGCAUUUUUCAGCUUAAUUUAGGCUGGUCAAACAAGUAUAUUACAACCCAGGAUGUUUUUGAAUAGGUAAAAUAAUCAUUUUAUUUAGCUUCUCACUUUUUAAAAAGACAUCAGCCCUGGCUGGUGUAGCUCAGUGGAUUGAGCGUAGGCCUGCGAACCAAAGGAUGGCGGUUAGAUUCCCAGUCAGGGCACAUGCCUGGGUUGCAGGCCAGUUCCCAGCAGGGAAUGCAUGAGAGGCAACCAUAAUAAGUUGAUAUGUCUGUCCCUCUCUCCUUCUCUUACCCUCUAAAGAUAAAUAAAUAAAAUCUUUUUAAAAAUCUUUUUAAAAAAUCAAAUUUUGUCUUCAGUAUUUCCCUUGAUUGUGCAUAAGGUGGCCUUCCUGAGGCCUGAGGUUAGUAUAGUGCCGAUGGAGCCUUCCGGGGUUUGUACAAACUGCUUCAGUGACAGAACCUGCCUGACUCCAUGGUUUAGAACACACAUGUAGACAGUUGAGAGCAUCUCGAGUUUGGGGGUUCUAAACUCGAGGUGGGACUAAAGAAAAUAAACACAUUUUGUGUGCCUACUUCGAAGUAGGAAUCAGCAGCUCUGUAAUCUUUUUUCACAUGGCCUGAGUGUUGAAAGGAAGGAAAAGCAAAGCUGGAACUAACAGUGAGGUUCUUGUUCCUUCAGCCAGCCUCAGGGAUUGAAAAGCAGGGACUAGAGUUAUCUAAAAUCAGUUGUGGCAUUUGAGUCCAGAGUGCUUCUUCCCCUUCCUCUUCCCUGGAGCCCGGAGGUUGGGAGGGAGCACUAGUCUUUGUCUUCCUAGCCCCCACCCUGCCCUGUCCAAUCAGGGGGAGGUCACGGAGAUCCAGCUCUUUUCCCUUUCAGUCACGGGAUCUUUACACUAAAAAAGAGGCAGCGAGCUGUUGGACAGUCACAGUGUCGGAGAGGGCUUUAAAACGAGUCAGUUUAAAUCAAGGGAGACAGCCGUGUAUGCUUUGACUUUGUUGAAUUUCUUAGAUCAGGGACAUUCAGCAACCGGAUUUACGGAAAUUUUGUCAAGAGAGAUCUAACAAAGAACUGUGAGCAAAAAAAAAAAAAAGGAAUGAUUUUAUGUGGAGGAGAAAUAGUUUGAAGGUCACUUAAUUAGUUUAGUAGAUAGUACCAUGGUGUAUAGAAUUGGGUAGUUAAGACUGGGAUUUCAAGGUUAAUGAGAUUAGAUAAUGGUUAAUAGAAUGAUAUAAAUUUAGAGAAUUUAACUAUUAUUUGAAAUGAGUUAUUUAAUAAAAAUGUUAAUUAAGAAGGGAAUCUGCUGUCUAUUGUCCUUUAAUGGUAACCUUUGGGGACUGAAGAAAGGUCACGGAGUUUCCGUGGAAACACUUCCUUGUGAGGCACUGAUUGACCCCGUCCCUCUUUCAGGUAAUACUUCAGACCUAAGCUCUUGCCCACUCAGCCAGUGUCUUGGUUUUCACUUUCAAGAGUCACUUAGGAGGAAUUGUUUUUCUGCAUUGCCUAGCUCACUUUAGCAGGCCUUUAGUGAUUCUUAUUAAGGUUGUAAGUGUUCCUAAAAAUGAAAGACUUCACUAGAAAAAUGUCCAUAAGAUCACUUUCAGACAUGGAUACUAUAUAAUAAUUACUAAAAUUCCCUAAAUUCUUAUUUUGUCCCUCUCUGCCCUCCCCACCCACUGCCCUGUGACAGCCAGUCAGUGAUGGGCAAAGCUGCUAAAAUGACCAGGCAUUAAAUAGGUCAAGUACAUCUGCCACCACAGCUCUAAUGAUCCUGAAAGAAAAAAUGUGCAAAGGCUAAAAAAAUUAAAAAGACCUGGAUUUUCUGUUACAGGUUUAGGUAUUGGAGGUCAGUGUCUCUAUUUAUGUUGUGUUUGUUGUGUAUGCGUUUAAUUUAAUCAGAAUGUUUGAGAGACCCGUCUUGCCCUACCAACUAACGCCUUCCAGUGAGUGAGGCUGGGCAGUGGUGGCAGACCAGCUGGGCAGUGAGCUCCGCCUUCCAGACCCAUUGGGCAGGUGCCUCGCUUCCCCUGAGGGGCUUCAACAGGUGCUGGAAGGUUGUGGAAGUUAGGGACUACCAGGAUGGAUUUCAGAUUCUUGUUCUGCUGGAAAAUGUGUGCCGUCUUUACAAGGACAGGCAGUCCCGUGUGUUGUUCAACAGCCCCUGUUUUGGGUGUGGAAACUGACUUUUGAGGGCUUCCAGAGAGUUCUUUGCCUGAUUGGUGGUGACCAGGAGGCCAGCCCACCGUGUAAUUAAAGCAGGCUUUCAUGGGAAACUGUCCAGAGCAGAGUGUAGGCGAAGGACACCAGAAGCUGAAGGAGAGCGUCAGUCUUGGAAACCCUGGCCAGCUGCGAGGCCCAGAGUCCAGAGGAGCAAUCAGAAGAGACCCAAUUAUGUCAAGUAGAGGGAGGCAAAAAGAGGAGAAACUGAAAAAUGUCUGGAUGGGAGAACCUGCAGCCCUGCAGCCAGACUGCCUCGCAGCCGUGGCGGCUGCCUCCCUCUGCAACCUGGGGCUGGGCCAGGGUUGGCGGGGCCUCUCCCGGUGUAUCACAGCCAGCCCCAGGGCUCUCUCGUCUGCUUUUCUGGGGGUUUCUAGAAAAUAGUGAGCAAAGGAUCUGGCUUAUAUCUAUUCCACCUACAGACCUGAAUUUGAACCCCAGACCACAGCUGUCCUUUGCUGUUGUAGUGUCAGAUGUUUGAAGACAUUUUCUCUCUAAAACAUCAUGUGCGCAUGUGUGUGUUUAAUUAAAAUUGUACUGUAAUAGAAUUCCCUCUAGUUGCAGAGAUCAGUAGUUUUAACUUGGUCUCUAGCCUUAGUCAUAACAGAGACUUGCCUACACCAGUAGCUUUGCACUAGCAGAAAGUUCUCCCAGGUACUCCUCUCCACGCCCCCACCCCAUGCUCACCUUUUCUUUUCACAUCCCUCCCACGUUCCCUGUCUUCCUUCUCGAAAUAGGAGCAAUAGUCCAGCUGAAGUAGACUCACUAGCAGCGGGAGCCCUGGUGUGCGAGCUGGGCGUCAGAGUGCCUUGCCGAUGAACACUGAACAUUUGCUGCUCUGGCCUCUUGUAUUUGUUCCUUUUCCUUGGUGUAGGGGACUUUUCCCUUAAUAUACCAACAGAACUUCGGUAUUUUUAAAAAUGACAUUUACCACUUCUUUCUAGGCCUGGCAUCAGUUAUUUUUGACUCCAAGUGUACAUGGAACUGCUUAUCUGCAAGUCAGACCUCGGGUUUAUUUUUAAAUUUUCAAACCUCUCUAUAGACUAAGAAAGCAAGCUCUGGGACACGUGGUUUUGCUACCUCUCUGGUACAGUGCCCUUUGUCACCAGAAAGAGAUAUUAAUAGCAAGCAAUAUUUUAUGUAUGCUGCAUCCAGCUGCUCCUUGACCCUGGGGGCCCAGUGGCACAAUGGUAUAGGCUGCGUGGGCCUGAGCUACUCCCCGUCUUAAAGCAGUCACUGAUGUGACAGUCACCAAUGUGACGUGUGGGCCUCGUGGCAUUGAAACCCAGGCCUACCCAGCCAUGGCGGCCACUGCUUCCUUCCCACUGGUGAGCAGAGAUUCAUGCCUCGUGGAGUGAUCAAAUUCAAAGGAGCAGUGCCGUCAGAGCCCACUUUUCCCACAGAAAGGAGCGUCGUGCCUUUAAUCCUGGUCCACUGAGACCUGUGAUGAGUAGGUUCCCACCCCCCACGGUUGGGACAGCCUUCCGUGUUUCCCGGUGGUCAUACCAGGGGUGAUGUCAUGACAUGGCAAAAUUUGUUUCCUCUCCACGAGGCCAGACAAAGCUCAGUGUUUGAGGUCCAGUGUCUCUCUUUAGUCUCCAUUGAAUUAAAGCCAAUCAAUUUAAAUUCCAUCUCAGCAAGGUUGGUGCGGGGAGGUGUGGAGGGAGGAAGGGGAGGGCUGCUCAGGCUUUAAAAUCGCCAUCCCCGUGACGAAGAUCAGACGGGCAGAAAUUUGGUCAGACCAGUUUUUAACAAUAAAGGUUCAACCAUUAAACAAACCUAUGAGUUCAUUUCCUUCUUUGGAGGCAGAGCAGUCACCUUUCAAGUAACUGAUCACCUUUUCUCAGUUGUCUGUUUUACAAAAACAAAGCCUUGCCAAAUUAAGGCAAAAAUGAUAUAGAGCACUAAUUUAAACAUGAGGAGCAGAAGGCUCCACCGCUUGCUAUGAUGUCUCUUACAAGUAGAGUUUUCACUGGAGGUGGGAGUCUUGGUGGAGGUUAAUAUGCCAGGACUUGCAGCGAGGCAGCUAUGCAGCUUCCACAUACAGAGACACCUGGCAGCCCAGGAAUCUUGAGUUGAGUGGCCAACAACAGUCUCUGGCACCUUCAGAGCUGCAGCCAUCUACACGGCAGCUUGGCCUGGGGCCACCCCAGUCUCAUGACCCUACUGUCAUUUGGGAGUCCUGAGGAAGAAACUACUGGAAUUGCUUCUCUCUAAGCUUCGGGCAGAGCUCCUCCCUCCAGCACCUCCCCACAUUCACUGAGGAGUGGUCAUUGGAAGAGCUAGACUGCGUGGGCUCAUAGCCCACCUCUGCCACACACCGCUCUGUGCUCCUGUGUCUUCAUGUGGAAAUUAUAGUACCUACUUCACAGGGUUGUUACAAGGAUUAAUUAAAUAGAUACAGCCCUGGCUGGUGUGACUCGGUUGGAUAUCAUCCCAUAGACCGAAAGGUCACAGGUUCGAUUCCCAGUCAGAGUACCUACCCAGGUUACAGGUUUCAUCCCCCGUGGAGGUGUGUAGGAGAAGGCAACCAGUCCAUGUUUCUCUCUCUCUUUCCUUCUCUCCUUCUCCCUCCCUCCCUUCCUCUCUCUUUUAAAAGCAAUGGAAAAAAAUGUCCUCAGGAGAUGAUAAAGAAAUGUUUUUAAGAUAAAAAUUGUUUACUGUAAGGCAGACACCAUGUUACUGUGGAAACAACUUCAAGCUAGCCUGACAUGGACCCUCCCCUCAGGAAUCUUGGACAGCACUAUUAUCUUUCCUUUCCCAUGGGCAGCUUGGCCCAGCUUGUCCCCAAGUGAUUGGAGAGGGAUUAUCCCCAUCCCCAUUGACUGUCGUCUCCCCCGACAGCCCCACCUCCAGCCGAGGUUCUCCUCCAGGUAACAACAGAAAAGGUCCAACUCCCCACCCCUAAACACUGCGGGGCAGAACAGCCACAGGGCUUGGCCCCUAUUAAAUCUCCCUAUGCUUCUCACACACCUUCAAGAUGCAAGCGGCAGCUGCAGAGUCUGGGGCUGGCAGGACAGCUGGUGGGUGCUGACCCCUGAGCGCCCUCUGUUGGCAGGACUGUGGCUAGGAGGGCUUUGCCACGGCUGGCCCUCACAGACAUCUGGAGGACAGGGCUCCUCAGCAGGGCUCCCCCAUUAAAUCCCCUCUGCCUCCCUAACAGAGACCCAGGAGAAAGCUGCCCCUCACCCUCCACAUUCUGCUUCGGGUCCCUGCAGCUGAGUAAAUAUUUUUCCUAUCUCUUUGGCUGCAUUCAUGUUCAGUUAGUUACAUAUGAUAAAAGAACCCCCCUCUGUAAUCAGCCAUAAAACAAGCGGGAAAAACAGUAUUCAUACAGUGUGGGAACACUGUUCCUGAUUUCCCAGAGAAGCCGAUUUGAUAAAAUAUUGCAAGUCUCUACAGAGGAGAAAGCCCAGAGGUGCCCACCUUUCCCGGUGUCCGUCCCGGUUCCUGCAGCGGGAAAGUGCUACAGCAGCGCCGAGCCGUUCAGCUUAGAAGGCAGAGAGAGGCCCGUUAUCAUAGCCAUCCCGCUUUUGUUUGUAAAAUCUAUUUUGUCUCCUGGCAGGUGAUCAUUUUUCCCCCUGGAAACCAAUUAGUUACCAAAAUUAAACAUGCUUCUCUUUAAAUUAAUCCUUUUCAUAAAAUGGUCUUAAAAUUGACCUCAGCUUUUUCAAGUCAGUGGCUGACCCAGUUGCACCUGGAGAGGUAUUUGGAGGCCACCUUUCUCCCAUCUCAGCGUUGCUCCCCCCUUGUCCCUGCUGCUACCAGGUGCUGCCCACCAGCCUCGGCACACGCCCAGAGGUCUGCUCCGGAAUGGCCAGCAGAUUCCCCAGUCCUCCUGCCCAAGUGUUCUGGUGGCAAGUGUUGGAGUUUUAAUCACUGCCAAUUCAGGUUAUGGUCAGAUGAGCCAGGAGAUAGGAUGCCUGCUGGUUGUUUUGCAGUGAAGCAUUGUUUAGGGGAUUAAUGCUCCGAAUGGCCAAGGGUGUCAGCUGAUAUUUAUUAUUCUAAGCUGGCUCAGCUGUUCAGGUUCAACCACUAGUCCGUGGUCAGAGGAAGUGCAGGGCUUUUCAUGCCAUGUAUGCCCUGAGAUGUGCAAAUGUGCCUGGGACCUCAGUAAGCCUGUGUCACAGAUGCAGGGGAAAGGAGUUUGUUGCAGGAUCCUUCUCUGAUUUUGUUCGGGGCGUCCAAGGGAACUCUGCACAAGCCUGAAGGAUGGCAUGAACUGGGUCUGCAAAAAUGUCAUUGCAAAGAAGAAAUAAAAUCUGGACGAAUGGAAACGCAGGAGCUUCGGGAGCUGAAUUCUGUCCUGAAAAACACUAAUUUGCUGCUUUCUGACCAAAUGUUUUUCCAUUUGUGUACAGCCACAGCUGUUUGAAGAGGGAACGACACAGUUUAGAAAGAAUCCCCAUUCCAGCAGUAGAUUUAACUGAUCUCUGAGGUUCAGUGUCAUUUUUCAAAUAAAGGAAUUAUAUUAUUUCCUCUGCAUAAUUGAAAUAGUAUUAAGUGUCUCAAAGCACAUGAUUAGAAAAUGAGAUCUUUUAAAUGAGCAAGAGAUUGCAUUGCAGUUCAGACAAUUCCAGUGGGCUUUUUUUUUUCCUUUCAAAAAGAGAAAGAAAAAAAGAGGAAGAAGCAGCUUAUGCUGCGUUCACUAAUUUACUGACCUGUCCCUUACAUUCUCUCCGUGGUUUUGAAAACCUACGCAGUGUUUGCUGGUGCUGGGCAGUGAUUUUUACCAUCAGCUGAGCCAGGGCUGCGUUCUGUCCGCAGGGAAGCUGCUGGGGGGAAGGGAAGGAAGAGCAGAUGAUUAAACCAUCUUGUCAUGAGGUAGGAGACUGUAUGUAAUCCUCACCCUUUGGAGACGGGGGAGAAAAAUCCUUUCCUGCAAACAAGUCACCACAUAAACAUACCCCAGCCCCAGCCUCUCAGCCAGCCACACAGGGAAGCAAAUUCUUAACGACUUUUGACUGUAAUGACAUCUGGAAUGUAAGGAGAGGUGGGAGGUUUAAUUCCAGAAAAAUUACAAGGUCCUUAGAAAGCCCUCACACCGAGGGCUCAGGCCGGCGCGAACAGGCUUUCUCCAGUUCAGUGGAGCAGGGAGCAGCCGACUCUGAGACCAGCCGGCUUCUCCGCGUCCUGUAGAAGAGAUUUCCAAAGCUCAGAGAAGUCUGUUUAAAUGAUCACAAUAGGCCGCUGCUAUCAGAUUUUUAAAAUAAAUGCAGCCGGCCCGUGAACCUGCUGCACUGAGCAAAGGCAGGCAGAUCGAUUCUGCGAGAUCAGUUUUUACAGUGCUGGCAACUUGGUGGUGUGGGCCGCCCGCGGGCGGCGGGGGUUUGUUGCUGGGAAGAGCACGUGUGAUCACGGGAACCAUUCCCAGGGAAGCCAGUCACCCCAGCUGCCGGUCCCCACUGCCUCUCUCCAGCAAAAUGUGUCCUCUGUUGAUUGAUUGGAGAGGACUGGCAGGAGACUUCUCCUGCCCCAUGUUGCAAAAAGAGCUUAUUUCCCUGAGUUUUAAGAAAUCCCCAGCUUCAAACAUGAAAGCCGGCCAGAGCAUCAGCCAGCUCCUGAAUUGAACUCUGUUCUGGUGCCUGAGCUGAGGGGUUUUCAGAGAAUGAAUAAGAGACUGUCUCCAGGCUGGCUGGUGGGCCUGGGAGGCCAGGGCCUUCUGGCCUGGGGAAGUGGUGCUUCCCAAACCCACCCGGGAGUGUGAGCAGACCAGAGAGGCCGCUCCAGCCCCUCUGCACCCAGCUUUUCUGGAUGGGGUUGUGCAGGUGAGGCUGCGCAUGUCCAGCUUCAAAGGCGUUCUGGGGGAAAGUCAUCAAUGCAGGCACGAACAAGGGCACCGGGGUUGCUGCGGACAGACCUGUAAGGACUUGUAAAACAAAAGAAGUGGCAAACAGAAUUACAAGAAACCGAAACCCCCACCCUGUCAGGCUGCGAAUGUGGCUGGAGCACUUGACGAUGCGUUUCCCUCCAGAUGAUGCCCGGAUGCCGGCUGAGGGGCAAGACGCCUGCUCUGAGAUACGCGAUUUGGGAACGUGAUACGGAACUUUGACUCUGGCAGUGCAUGGUCAGUCUGUAAAACACUUAUGUUCUCUUACCACCAACUUAGGGAACUAAGAGUCCUUAGUUUGAAAGAGUCCUUCCAAGGCCUUGGCCAGCAGGCAGAAGCCUCUUGCCCCGCUCUGAUAACAGCCUCUGUGAAUGUUCAGACUUGCUUUUCAGCUAAAGACACAGUGACAUGGUGGGAGUCACAAGUUUUCAUCUGCCCUUGAAGCCAUGCUGAACCCCCCAGGGGGUUCAUGGGGUAGAUGAGAGAAGCCUGGAAAAUGCAGACUUUGAAAGCUCCCAUUUGUAAAAACAACAUGCUUUUAAAGUCCCCUUUUUUCUCCCCUGUCACACUCCCACCCCCUGUGGCCAUGACCAGAAGACAGAUUUUGAAGCUGGAAAUGGGAUACCUGGUUUCCCAUCCUCCCACCCCCAGCCUCACUCUGUGCAUCCGAAGGUGGUGCGGGGGGAGGGUCGGCUGGGGGCUGGAGGGCAGGCAAGGCCUGGACAGGGGCCCCGGGCUGUGCACUCAAACCGGUUGUGAGAAAAACUCCCUCCCUCCCCUCCUCCCGACCUCCUCAGUGCGGCUCCUUCUGGCUGGAUCCCGGGCCCAGUGCAGCACACCCUUUCCCCUUCACUCUCCCUUGGUUACUAUGGAAACAAGGGUGUCAUUGAUGUGGGCUGAGCUGGGGAACAUGUCGGCACACAGCUGAAAGUCAGCGAUCGUGCCGGUGGGUAGAAAUGUGCUGGGGUGAACGCAGUCCGCGCUCAGGAGGCUGCUGGAAGGACACAGUCCGGCCCCUCCCCUCCUCUCUCCACUUCUCUCUCUCCUGGCUUUGGACAAAUUUCUGUAUUCCCCUCUGGGCUAGAGCAGUGGCUAUUUUUGUGCCAUUCUGUGCCCCACCCUCACUGUCGGCUGCUCCUUAUCCGGGCCUGGCCUGGAGGGGGACGCGGUGUCACCCUCUCCAGGACUUGUCCCUUAAUUCCCUUCAGAGUUUGCUUUGAUUUCUCCUUCCUUCUCAGGGGCCAGUUCUUACUUCCUUUUAUUUUUAGCUCUGCACUCUGUGUGGUUUCAGGGUUCAGUCCGAUCCAUCGAAAGUUCUUUUUUUCCCUAGACCCUUUUGAAAACGAUAAUCAAAGAAAUGGACAUGGUAUUUGGUCAUGUGGAAAAUUCAAUGUAUAAUUUAGAUGUCUGUCAAAAAUCCAACAAAUAAAACUUAGCUGAAAUGAA